ACGAGAAGGACCGACUUCCGCCCAAGCGCGGUCAAACUGUCGCGAGAAUUGCGUCUCUUCCUCUUUGCGUUGAAGCGGCUUGCAAGAUGGCUUUGGUUAUCCCGGAGAAGUUCCAGCACAUUCUUCGUGUUUUGAACACGAACAUAGAUGGAAGGAGGAAGAUCGCCUUCGCCAUCACUGCUAUCAAGGGAGUGGGCAGACGCUACGCCCACGUGGUCCUGAGGAAAGCGGACAUCGACCUCAACAAGAGGGCCGGCGAGCUGACCGAGGAGGAGGUGGAGCGUGUGGUGACCAUCAUGCAGAAUCCUCGCCAGUACAAAAUCCCAGACUGGUUCCUCAACAGGCAGAAGGAUGUCAAAGACGGGAAAUUCAGUCAGGUGUUGGCCAACGGCUUGGACAACAAGCUGAGAGAAGACCUGGAGAGGCUGAAGAAGAUCCGAGCUCAUCGCGGCCUGCGCCACUUUUGGGGCCUGCGGGUGCGCGGUCAGCACACCAAGACCACCGGCCGCCGCGGUCGCACUGUGGGAGUCUCCAAGAAGAAGUAAACUGGCAGCGAGCAUCCUUUUCUUUGAAUAAAGCACCCCACCCCCCAAAAACGAAAA